AUGGGGGAAUCGACAUGUGGAUCAAGAUGGUUAUGGAGUCGAGUACAGGGAUUGAAGGCUACGAUGAUGAUGAUAAUAGCGCAAGUGAUAUCAGCUGGGAUCAAUAUCUUGUACAUAUUUGUUGGAAAUGAUGGAAUGAAUUUGAGCAUUUUGAUGACCUAUCGCUUCUUAUGUGCUUCUAUUGUGGUGGCUCCUCUUGCUCUCUUAGUGGAAAGAAACAAAAGACCGAAGCUAACAUGGACGAUACUCCUCCAAGCUGCUCUUUGUGCUUUAUUUGGGGGUCCUAUGGCACUAAUCAUGUAUGCGGAAAGCGUAAUCCUAACCUCGCCAACAUUAGCUGCUGCUUUUUCCAAUCUUAUCCCUCCUUUCACCUUCAUCUUAGCCGUUCUCUUCAGGUUGGAAAGUGUAAACUUAGGUCAAAUGGGAGGGAAAGCGAAGGUGAUUGGAACACUAAUGGGAGUUGGAGGAGCUAUGCUUCUCACCUUCUAUAAAGGUCCAUCGAUAAACAUCUGGUCAACGCAUUUCCACCUUUUGCCUAAACGAGUUCAACCCAGAGUUGGAGACGUGGCAUCAACCCACCAAAACUCCUUCAAUGAUCACAUCAUUGGUUCUGUACUGUCAUUAGCUGCUAUCCUUUCUAUGUCACUUUCUUUAAUUAUACAGGCAAAGAUGAGUGAGAGGUAUCCAUGCGAUUACUCAAGCACGGCUCUAAUAAGCAUGAUUGGAUUCAUACAAUCUUUUAUUUUUGCUAUAUGUAAUGAGAGAAGAUGGAGCCAAUGGAAGCUCGGUUGGAACAUUCGAUUGCUUACAGUUCUUUAUCUGGGAGUUUUAGCAUCAGGACUUACAUUUACAUUCAUAAUGUCAUGUGUACGAGUGCAAGGCCCAUUGUUUGUUUCGUCUUUCAACCCAUUGGUGGUUGUACUUGUAGCAAUAGCGGGAUCUCUAGUAUUGGGCGAACAAUUGCACGUAGGAAGUGUGUUAGGAUCAACGAUAAUUAUAGCUGGAUUGUACAUGGUGCUAUGGGGUAAAAGCAAAGACAUUAAAAGACCGCCUAAGUUUUUGUCUUCAACAAACUCAGAACUACUUGAGAUUAGGAAAGAGGAUACAUCAACCAUCAUCACCACCUCCACCAAUAUUCUUGGGACUUCAUACACAGCUCCCACUAUUAGUUCAAAAGAAGAUGAAGAUCACGAGUUACAAGUAAAGUCUGAAAUGGGAAAACAUAAGGAUCAAGAAAUUGAUGAAGCCAAGAACUGA